GAACUCGAUAAGUUAAAUCCGUUAAAACCCCUCUGUAAACCGAUAACUUCAUUAAUCAACGGUUACGACCUCAGGCAACGUUCCCGGUCGAUCAGUCUCCUUUUAAAAAGAAAUGGAUCAAUCACGGCAAGUAUUCACCGUCGAUCUCCUAGAACGGUACGCAUCAAAAGGCCGUGGUGUUAUCACCUGUAUGGCAGCAGGAAACGAUGUCAUCUUAUUAGGUACCAGCAAAGGUUGGCUUAUUCGACACGAUUUCGGCGCCGGCGGUUCUUCCGAUUUUGAUCUUUCUAGUGGACGGCCUGGCGAUCAAUCUAUACAUAGAGUGUUUGUGGAUCCUGGUGGUAGCCACUGUAUCGCCACCGUUAUUGGUGGAGGUGGUGCGGAGACGUUUUAUAUGCAUGCUAAAUGGAGUAAGCCUCGUGUGCUUGGGAGGUUGAAAGGUUUGAUCGUUAAUGCUGUUGCUUGGAAUCGGCAACUGAUUACUGAAGCUCCUGUGCUGUUUUGGUCAUCUAUCAGUGAAUUGCAUUUUUUUAUCAAGCAAAGAAGAGCAAUGCAUUUUGCAUGGCUUUCUGGAGCAGGUAUCUAUCAUGGUGGCUUAAAUUUUGGAGCGCAGCAUAGUUACAUAAAUGGUGAUGAGAAUUUUGUGGAGAAUAAGGCUCUUUUGGACUAUUCAAAAUUAAGUGAUGGUGCUGAUGCAGUUAAACCGAGUUCAAUGGCAGUUUCUGAAUUUCAUUUCUUACUUCUUAUUGGAAACAAGGUUAAGGUUGUUAACAGAAUCAGUGAGCAAAUUAUAGAGGAGCUUCAGUUUGACCAAACAUCAGAAUCGGUUUCAAGGGGUGUUAUCGGAUUAUGCAGUGAUGCCACUGCUGGCUUGUUCUAUGCAUAUGACCAAAAUUCUAUUUUUCAGGUAUCUGUUAACGAUGAAGGGAGAGAUAUGUGGAAGGUGUAUCUAGACAUGAAAGAAUAUGCUGCAGCUUUAGCAAAUUGCCGAGACCCACUCCAGAGAGACCAAGUAUAUUUAGUGCAGGCAGAUGCUGCUUUCACCUCCAGGGAUUUUCUAAGAGCAGCAUCUUUCUAUGCAAAAAUUAAUUACAUAUUAUCAUUUGAGGAAGUUACGUUGAAGUUUAUUAGUGUAGGCGAACAGGAUGCUUUGCGAACUUUUUUGUUGCGGAAGCUUGAUAAUCUUGCCAAGGAUGACAAGUGCCAAAUAACAAUGAUUUCCACAUGGGCAACUGAAUUGUACUUGGAUAAGAUAAAUCGGCUACUCUUGGAAGAGGAUAAUGCUUUGGAUAAACGUAGUUCUGAGUACCAAUCAAUCAAUCAAGAGUUUUGUGCUUUUCUCGGUGACUGCAAGGAUGUCUUGGAUGAGGCAACUACUAUGAGACUUCUAGAGAGCUAUGGAAGGGUUGAAGAACUAGUGUAUUUUGCUAGUCUGAAGGAACAGUAUGAAAUUGUAAUUCACCACUAUAUUCAGCAAGGAGAAACAAGGAAAGCAUUGGAAGUGCUUCAGAAACCUGCUGUUCCAAUAGACCUUCAGUACAAGUUUGCCCCAGAUCUCAUUGUUCUCGAUGCAUAUGAAACAGUUGAGUCAUGGAUGACCACAAAAAACCUGAACCCAAGAAAACUGAUUCCUGCAAUGAUGCGUUAUUCAAGUGAACCUCAUGCAAAGAAUGAAACCCAUGAAGUCAUCAAAUAUUUGGAAUUCUGUGUUCAUUGUUUGCAUAAUGAGGAUCCUGGAGUUCACAACUUGCUUCUUUCUCUCUAUGCUAAACAGGAAGAUGAUGAUGCACUUUUGCGUUUCCUACAAUGCAAGUUUGGGAAAGGACGAGAAAAUGGUCCGGAUUUCUUCUAUGAUCCCAAGUAUGCCUUGCGCCUUUGCCUCAAAGAAAAGCGGAUGCGUGCCUGUGUUCACAUAUACAGCAUGAUGUCCAUGCACGAAGAAGCAGUUGCUCUUGCUCUACAGGUUGACCCCGAGCUUGCAAUGGCUGAAGCUGACAAGGUGGAAGAUGAUGAAGAUUUGAGAAAGAAGCUUUGGCUUAUGGUUGCCAAGCAUGUCAUUGAACAAGAAAAGGGAACUAAAAGGGAGAAUAUAAGGAAGGCAAUAGCAUUUCUCAAGGAAACUGAUGGCCUUCUAAAGAUUGAGGAUAUAUUACCAUUCUUUCCAGACUUUGCCCUAAUUGAUGACUUCAAGGAGGCAAUUUGCUCAUCAUUGGAGGAUUACAACAACCAAAUCGAACAACUAAAACAGGAGAUGAAUGAUGCUACACAUGGCGCUGACAACAUAAGAAAUGAUAUUAGUGCACUUGCUCAAAGAUAUGCUGUCAUUGACCGUGAUGAGGAAUGUGGGGUUUGUAAGCGCAAAAUCUUGAUUGUGGGUGGGGACUACCGUAUGUCUCGGGGCUAUACAUCAGUAGGACAAAUGGCUCCCUUCUAUGUAUUUCCAUGUGGGCAUGCCUUUCAUGUGCAUUGCUUGAUUGCCCAUGUGACAUGUUCGGUCAAUGGAACUCAAGCAGAAUAUAUACUGGAUCUGCAGAAGCAGCUUACAUUGCUUGGUGACGGAGCGAGGAAAGACAUGAAUGGUGGCAUAACCGAGGAUUCCAUUACUAGCAUGACUCCUGCAGAUAAGCUCCGUUCUCAGCUGGAUGAUGCAAUUGCAAGCGAAUGUCCAUUUUGUGGUGAAUUGAUGAUCCGUCAGAUCUCUUUGCCUUUUAUACUCUCUGAAGAAGCACUGCUGGUUAAUUCAUGGGAGAUAAAACCACAAAACAACCUUGCGAACAUGAGGACCCUCUCUUUACCGGUAUGACCAUACCCGACUUUUGUGGCUGCUUGCUUGCCAUUUAGUGUUCUGCUUGCUUGUGGCAAUAUAAUUAUCAACAAUUUUAGAUAGCUUUUGAAAGGGUUUUUGCUGCUUGUUUAUCCAUAUGGAAUGAAGAGUUCCCACCUUAAGAACCAACAAGAACAAGGGUGUUGUUAUUGUUAUUUUCUUAGUGUUAUACAUUAUUAAUUGUAAAUUUGAUUGUUUUAUUUUUGUAAAGAAAAAAAAAA